AUGGUUCAGACUUACUGCACAAAUGUGUCGUCGCUCCCGGCCGCUCAUUCGACGGUUGAGGUUCGCUUCGAAAGAGGGCUCCCGUUGUUGACUGUGAAUUUACCAUCACGGCAAGAAUCAUGUCAGUUCUCUCUGAGACCACUGACAGAUGACGUCGGAAGUUUCUGCGAUCAACUCCAUAGAGAAGAUCGUGGAUUGGAUUUUGUAGCAGUGUAUACAAACGAUGGAGUACGCGUGUCCAUGUCAACAUCUAUCGAGCAUCUGCUGCAGUUCGGUGGAUUUCGGCUGCGACUAAACGAUCGCUACUACGAUGUUACAGUACCAGAGCGGACGUUAGAAGACGAUUUAGGUAGUGAUAGAAUACGGCAAAUUGACGAUCUUAAAGCAACUGUUGCCUCAUUGCAUGCGGCGCCGUUAUGUGUAGACCGAGUUAACAAAAGUAGGCAGAGAAAGGCGGCUGAUCCAACAGCUGGAAAGAGCAGAGACCGAACUGCGACCACUUCACCAGUGGAGCGACUUUUCAAAUGGAUGUUUCAGAUGAAACUCUCCAUAGAACGAGAGUGUGAGGCUCAUGCUGAUCGUAUCAUGUGGACCGGAUUCGCGGCCAUGGGAGUGCAGACAGGCCUGUUUGCACGAUUGACAUGGUGGGAGUAUUCAUGGGAUAUCAUGGAACCGGUCACAUAUUUCGCCACCUACGCAACAGUAAAGAAAAAAAAAAAAAAAAAAACUAGUUCGCGACGUUUGGCUAUUACCUGUACACAAAACAGGUGGACGGAAGUCGUUGAUGUUAGGUGGCCUGGUAAAAGUUGGCGGAUCUCUCAUCUGUCGUUCGAAUAUCCCAGCGCUCGAGAGCGAGUUUACACGAAGCAGUUCUACAAACGGGCUGUAAAAUAUGGAUUUAAUAUCGAGAAGUACAAUAGCCUUGUAACAGAGGUGAGUGUUUUCCCCAUCUUUUUUUUUCGUUUUCCUGAUUUUCAUUGA